GUCAUACACCGCACGCUGCAUUCCUAGGUUGAAAAUCCCCGUUCAGCAAUCAGACGAGCCAUGGCUAAGGGCAAGAAUCUGAAUCCAGCGGAAGCAUUCCGGAAAGCACAGCGGAAGAAAGAGCUAAAGAAGAACAAAACUGAAAGAGCAAAAGUCCGGGAUUUUGCAUUGGUCAAGAAGGACACUCAAGAACUUGAGAGAGAGAUUGCUACGCUUGAGAGCAAAUCAGAUGCUACAUCAGCAGACAAAGCUCGUCUUGCUGAACUCAAGUCUCAGCUGGAGAAUAUCAAUAAGAAAAAGGAAGAAUAUGUUGCAGAACAUCCAGAACAUCGCAAACUGGUCUUCAGGGGACGCAAACAGCAGAACGAGAAAACGGAUAGGGAGCCUGAGGAUGUAUCGAAGAAGUCAAGAAACUUGUUCAACAAGCAUGGCCUGCCUAGACAUCCUGAAAGGAGUAUUUAUUACGAUCCCGUAAUGAACCCAUACGGAGUCGCGCCCCCUGGAAUGCCAUAUGCAGAGCGACCGCUGCGACCGGACGAGAUUACUAGUGAGGAUGAGGAGUCAGACGAGGAAGACAAUGACAUCGUAAUGCCGGAAGGACCCCCGCCAGGAUCAGAAGAGGUGGAUAGCGAUGAUGACAUACCCAUGCCAGAAGGCUCUCCUCCACCGGAAGAUGGUUCUCUUCCUCCUCCAGAAGCCCCAUCUGCCCCACCUUUGCCACCAACUCCUCAAACGUCCGGCUAUGGAGCUCCUCCUCCGCUUCCCUACAUGCCUUCAUCUGGUCCUAUUCCGCUAUCUCCGAUGGACUUCUACAGUCCUGUGCCCCCGCCCCCCGCUGGUUCUCCUCCUCUUCUAUUCCCAAUGGGUUUCCCUAUGCCUGCCACCCUACCCGUCCCUCUAGGAGUACCAUUACCUCCUCCGCCACCACCUCCUGGCUUUCCUGCCUCAGGCAUCCCGCCACCUCCUAUGGGCUUUCCACCGAUGUUCCAAGGACCUACUGGGUUCCCACAACCUCCGUUACCCCCGCCGCCACCUGGAUUCUUCCCUCGUCGAUCGCAAUCUGCUUCAGCGAUGCAAGAUCCGCUUUCAUCGAUCCCGCACCAGACAUAUCAGGCCCAUCGAGCAUCGAGAAUGGCUGGAUCGCCGCCUCCAAAUCGGCCACCGAUCUCGGGCGGUGUUGUUCUUUCCGCCUCAAUGAAGGCAACUGCCACGGCAGCAACAGUCGAGGCAGCUCCGCAGUUGCGCGACUUUAAGAAGGAGAGCACAGCAUUCGUACCGACAGUAUUGAAGCGUAAAAAGGCAGGAGCGGCUGGCGCAACGUCUAAGGUCAAUGUCAAUGCCGCGCCGUCACUAGGCUCAAAGGAAGGUUCUGCCGAACCAGAGCCUGUCGCAUUUGCUGCCAGGCCAGAUCUUCUGAGCACUUUGAAGGGCCAGUUUGGUUCCGCGGCGCCUCCGCCACCGAAAGAGGGGAAGAACGCAGAAACUGCUGGUCAGAAGCCGAAGCCAAAGGAUGACUAUGAGAAAUUCCUCGAGGAGAUGGGAGACGUUCUGGUUCCUGAGUCAUGAGCAAUAGCUGCGUUGGGUGAGUGGUUCUGAUCUCGUUAGCACUCUUUGUAGCUUGAUUCGUACAGAACAUUCAAUAGUUGAUUGCUUCUGAGUGAGUCGGCGUGUAACAGCACUUGUGGUUGACGUUGAACCAGUCCAUCGCG